AAAACGUUACCCUACCUCGCCAGCACGUCUCUGUAGCGCCAUCUAUACCCUCGGAAUGCAAUAGAGGCGAUAAAUAACGUGUUUUACUCACCCGCGUUAAGGCUGGAAAGGCUCUAUCGGCAGGCAGGCACGGGCAGGCGGCUCCGGCAGUUUCACGAUUCCGACCUCACCUCAGUUGGCCACCGACCGCCAUAGAGUGCACAUCUGUGGGUUUGCUCCGUGCCAGUCGCGCUCCUGAGUCCGCCCGUGAGCAGGUGGGGCCGUGCCGUGCUGUGCCGCGCCGUGCCGCCCUUUCGUGUGCGUGGAGGGGCCGCACGCAAGCCGCCCCGCACCCUGGAUUUUUGCGUGUACUUAUGGAAACUUGCAGCCAUUUCGAGGGAUGUGAUGCGGACGUGAGUUGACAGGAUGCUGUGCUGGUGGCUGCCGUGGGUGGUGCUGGUGGGGGGCGCGCGGGCGUUCUGUCCCCGCGGGUGCUCCUGUGAUGACAAUGGCCCCAGCCUGCGGUGCGUGGGCGUGGGCAUCAACGUGGUCCCCAUCCUGGCCAACCCUGGCCUUCGCAGCCUCAACCUGACGCACAACGCCAUCAACUCCGUCAGCCACACGCUCGUGUUCUUCGACCAGCUGGAGAAGCUGGAUUUCUCCCAUAAUCAGAUCACCUCGCUGGGCACCACCAACUUCAAGAUGCAGAUGGAGCUGCGGGAGCUGCGCCUCGCCCACAACAACCUGUCGUCCCUGUCGGCGGGCGCGCUGCUGGGCCUCACCUCGCUCUCGCUGCUCGACCUCAGCCACAACUUCCUCUCCGAGCUGCCGCCCGACGUGCUGCAGGAUGUGCCGGGCCUGACGGUGCUCCUGCUGGCACACAACAAGCUCCACACGCUCUUCCAGCACACCUUCCGCGGCUCCCGCAACCUGCACGUCCUCGACCUGUGUGAUAAUUACUUCCGCUACGUGCCCACGGCGCCGCUGGAGGAGCUCAAGUCCCUGAGGGCGCUGCAACUCUGUCGGAACCGCCUGACGCGGCUCGAGCCCAAGGCGUUCUGUCUGCACUCGCUGCUGACGCUCUCCCUGGAGACCAACAGCAUCGACUACAUCGCCGACACGUCUUUCAGCUGCCUGCAGAGGCUGCUAAAGCUAAACCUCAACGACAACCUCCUGCGGGAGGUGCCCACCGCCGCCCUGGCCUCCCUCCUGGCGCUGGAGUCUCUGCACCUCAGCAGGAACAAGAUCAGGAGCCUCGAGGGCGGCGCGUUCAGGAGCCUCGGCCAGCUGGCCACGCUGGAGAUCUCGCGGUGUCCGCUGCUGUCCUCGCUGCACCCCGGAGCGCUCACGCAGUGCGGCGGCCUGCGGAAACUGACGCUGUCCCACAACCCCCUCGUGAGGAACAUCCCGCUGGGCUUCCUCUCCUCCCUCCCGCGCCUCCGCUCCCUCGACCUCCGCUCAAACGGUCUUCGAAGUUUUCCGUCAUCCGAGGUGUCGUGGAGGUCACUAGUGAGUCUUGACCUCAGGGGCAACCCCAUGGUGUGCAACUGCUCGCUGCAGUGGCUGGCGGAGGUGCUCGGGGCCUCCAACGCGUCCCUGUCGGCGCCGGACCUGCAGUGCGCCGCGCCGGACAAGCUCAGAGGACUCUACCUGUCGCGACUCACGACGGGGGAGCUGGACUGCGUGGACCGCCUUCAGGUUGUUUUGGGCAUCGUCGCCGUCUGCGUCUCCUUCGUGCUGCUCCUCAUGCUCUCCCUCAUCCUCUGCAGGUACCGUCGUCAGCGGCAGAGGGACAAGCUGAUGGGUCGCGGGUGGCCUCCUGGUCCCCUCGCGCCCUGGCCCACGGAUGACCACGCCGCCGCCACCAGGCACAUCAUGGCGGACGACUACGGCUACCACGCCUACUCGGUGCGCCACGUGCCCGUCACCAAGGUCUGAGGGACGCCCCGCCGCCCGGACACGCCUUGAGGCUCGUGGGGUGAGGGGCGCCUCGACCUCGGCCGCCUAGUUGGGGUCCGCAAAGGCUUGAGCGAGGAUUGGAAACUUUGGCGCCUGACCGAAAGCUCUUAAGCCUCUGUGAGAAGUGCGAUCACGGCCGGAAACUCUUGGUCGUAAUGCCCGGGGUCAAUGAAGAGGCAUGAGUGUCUUCUUAGCGGACGCCGGGUGUUCUGAGGCCGGGCGAGGCGUUUGGUGGAGAGCGGUGGUUUGCUAGUACGAGGAAGGCUGCUGGGAUUAUUGGGUUCCCUCGACGUAGCGUGGAUGUCUUCUAAGCGGACACCGGGAGUUCGCAUGACUGUCUUUUUAGCGGACAUCGGGAGUUCUGGAGCCGCGGUUGGUCGUUUGGUGUGGCGCGGAGGUCUGUUAACGGGUGGAGAGCUGCCGUGGCGGUUGGGUUACAUCGAUGGAGCGUGGAUGUCCUCUUUAGCGGACACGAGGAGUUCUUUGUUUGGGUCUGGGCAGUCUGUUAACGGAAGGAGAGCUGCUGAGACUGUUGGUUCGACUUGCCGCUUGUUCUGUUCGUCACUUCGGCCUCUUCCACAAUACUGAGACAGAGGAAUCGUAGCCCCUAUGUGACCUUCAUGAUGUUACCGUGACGUUGAUCCCCCCUUGAGUGCAUCGCGAGCCAGGCAUUGUUAGGUUUAUGCUCUUGACGGAUCUGACGCACGCCGAGAUGGAGCCGCACUUAAAGCCUCUUCCAUACUCCCGAAAUGGAAAACAAAUGCAGCUGAAAUAGUGAAGGAGAACCAUUCAUUGUCUUGUUACUCUUGCACGAUCAGACAGCGAGAUGUAACUUGCUGAGAGAGAAAGAGAGAAAAGGAAAGGCCUGUAAGAGGAAUACGUUACUUACAAUACCAACAACGUAAGUAUAGUGAAGGAAAACCAUUGAUUGUCUUAUUCCUCGUCUUGUCGGAUAAGGCCACGAGACGCAACCUACCGAGAGAGAAAACGAGAGAGAAAAGGCAUAUAUUAGGAGUGUGAUAAGAGAUAAAGUGAAGGAAAACUAUACAUUAUCUUUUUCUUCGUCUUGUCGGAAAAAGCCACGAGACGCAAUCUACCGAGAGAGAAAACGAGAGACAAAAGGCAUAUAUUAGAAGUGUGAUAAGAGAAAGAGCGACAGACAAACAAAAGAUUAUAUAAAGGGCGUGACAGUUACAAUACGGACGACUAUUACCAGUUGCUCUCACGACAAGACGAUCUGUAACCCCGCGCAGUGCCGUCGGGUUUUGAACUUUGCACAUAAGUCUAGAGGUCUGCAGCUUGGUCCGUAAAAUCAGUCCGAAGCGAUCACCGAAGUUUGGACACCGUAAUGAAUGCCUCGGGAUCCUCAGCAACGUCGGAAAUCUCUCAUUAAGUGACGCUCAAUGGCAUGUAAGUUGGUAAUGCGUCGUGGAGGAGGAGGAGGAGGAGGAGGAGGAGGAGG